AUGGCGCGGCCCAACUGCUCCCUGGAGGCUCUCCUGAGCAGCGACGGCCCCGUGUACCAGGGCGCCGGCUGCCCGCGGGCCGCCGUGCUGUGCGGCAUGAACGUCUCCUGGGUCCUGGCCGACGCCACCGCGCAGGACCUCCAGGAGCUGUGUCUGAGCGAGGAGGCGUACCUGGCGCGGCACCUGGGGCCGCCGCGGAGCCCCGCCUUCCUCCCCGUGUGCGCGGCCUACCUCGCCAUCUUCGCGGUGGGCGUCCUGGGCAACUCCCUCACCUGCGUGGUCAUCCUGCGCUACAGGGUGAUGCAGACGGCCACCAACUACUACCUGCUGAGCCUGGCCGCGUCCGACCUGCUGGUGCUGCUCGUGGGCAUGCCCCUGGAGCUCUACGAGAUGUGGCGGAACUACCCCUUCCCGCUCGGCGCGGGCGGCUGCCGCUUCCGCACCUUCCUGUUCGAGGCCGUGUGCUUCGCGUCCGUGCUCAACGUCACGGCGCUCAGCGCGGAGCGCUACGCGGCCGUGGUGCACCCGCUCAGGGUGCGGCGCGUGGCCACGCGGGCCCACGCCAGGAGGGUGGUCGCGGCGCUGUGGGCGGCGUCCAUGCUGUGCGCCGUGCCCAACGCCAGCCUGCACGGCGUGGCGCUGCUGCCGCCCAAGUUCGGCCGCCGCUUCCCGCGCUCCGCCAUCUGCCAUCUGGUCGGGCCCGCCUGGAUCUACAGCGUGAUCAUCCUGGCGUCCACCCUGGUCUUCUUCCUGCUCCCCAUGCUGAUCAUGAGCGUGCUCUACCUGCUCAUCGGCCUGCAGCUGCGAAGGGACCGGGCGCUGGCGGUUCUGGACCGCGGCGGCGCCUCCGGAUCCGGGGGCCUCUCGCAGUCCAACACCCACAGACUGACCAAACGCAAUGUGCAGGUCACCAAGAUGCUGUGCGUGCUGGUGGCGGUCUUCGGCCUCUGCUGGGCCCCCUUCCACGCCGACCGCCUGAUGUGGAGCUACAUGGACGCCGCCUCCGAGCAGCACCUCCGGGCCUUCGAGCGCGUCCACGUGGUGUCCGGCGUCUGCUUCUACCUGAGCUCCACCAUCAACCCCAUCCUCUACAACGUCAUGUCCACCCGCUUCAGGGAGAUGUUCUGCCGCGUCACGUGCUACUCCAACGGCUGGCCCAAGGCCGCCAGCGUGCAGAUGACCCAGCGCAGCAACCUGACUCCGAGUCCUUUGAACGGAAAGGUUUUGUCCCCGAGGAUUCGCCGACCAGCGGCUACGUGAGACACCUGUAAAGAGGCGCAUUUAAGGAUAAUACACACGCUCCCAUGUGCUGCACACUCUUCAGAAGCAUCCGAACGUUCUCCAGACGGCAGAAUCCUCUUCAUUACCUUCAGUCACACUUUGAUGGAGGACUAAUGUGACGCCGCCCAGAAUGCAGACGGCAACUGUAAUUCUCAUUUUGAGGCAGUGAAAACAGCAGCAGUUAAUUAAAGCAGGGAACCGAGGUCUUUUAGUAGUGUUUGUAAUAAUUCUGUAUUUCUGUAACAAACACGUUUGUGAUUUUCAGAUAGUAGAACAAACUGUGU